ACGGGCAGUAGAGGGUGGUUCCCCUUCUUCCCUAAAGUCGCGAAGAUCUACAAAAAUCACGCUUUUCUUUUAAUGGAGAAAUUCGCCCCAUGACCGUGGCAAUGUAGUAGGGGCUGUGUUAACAUCUCCUCCCGUCUCGACCCCCCACAAAAGUGGGGUGCUCCUGUUCUGAGGAGUGUCAGCACAAUGGAUUCAAAUACGGAGUCCUUCAUCCAUCUACCUGGGGAUAACUUUGCUGCAGGUGAACCUUGGAAGAUGACAGCAGUCCAAAUCUUGAGAGAGAUUAAGAGAUGCCAGGAUGCAUGGAAAGUUUUUGAAAUGGAUUGUUUAUCCUUGGAGACAAGCAAAAGGGCAAGUGAGCAGGACUUGGCCAAAUUACAAGAAGAAUAUGAUCUGCUCAGUCGAAAUCUUCUUGAAGCUGAAAAUGAGGCCAAGGCCCAGGAAGCCUCCUUCCAGUCAACGCUUCAGUUGGGAAAGGAGGAUUCAGACCAGUUGCUGAAAGAAAAACAGGCACUGGAAAAUGAAGUGAAACAUCUGGAGUGUCUUCAUACAGCCCAGGAAGAACUUUUCAAGGUUCCAGCUGCUCUUCCUGACACAGAUAUGGUGUUUAAAGGUCAUGUGGAAGAGGGAAAGUUUGAGAACUUGCCAGAAAUGCUGACUGUCUUGCCCCAGAUCCGAUGCCCUGUACGUGGGGGAUUGGCUCUCAUCACUUUUGAGGAUCCUGAAGUUGCCAGCAGCAUCAUCAAAACAGGACAGCAUCGCAUCCAGCUAGACGAGUGGAGCUACAUGCAUGUGAAGGCUGAACCUGUGAUCUUGCUGCUGCCCUCAUUCUUAAGUCAGAUCUCCCUGAAACAGAGUCCCCGGCAAGUGCUGUUAUCUGGAUUGUCUGCCCUGUCUUUGCCCAAGGAUCAGCUCUAUGACAAGCUAGCUCUGUUUUUCAGCAAACGGAAGAACCAGGGGGGUGAGGUGGAGAAUGUGGAACAGCUGAGGAACUCAGACAGUAUAGUGCUGACUUUUGUGGAUGAUGGAGUGGCUCAACGGAUUGUUGAAAAAGGUCUGUUCCAGGUGCCUCUUGGAAAGGAAACCCAUCAGGUCAAGGCAUCACCUUGCUUAGGUGGGGAAAUGGCAGAUUUACAGCUCUGUCCUUCGGUCUGCGCUCGUACCGUCCUGCUGACAGAGAUUCCAGAUGUCUUAGAGAGGGAGCUAAUGUGUGAAGCUCUGGAGAUCCAUUUCCAGAAGCCAAGCAAGGGUGGGGGAGAGGUGGAAGCUGCUGUGUACGUUCCAGCUGGACAUUGCGCAGUAGCUGUUUUUCAGGAGGAGAUCUGACCGAUUCUGCUUGCCCAAGACAGAGAUGACAUCUCAGUCAAGAUACAGCUGAAAAGAAGCACAUGGAACAUGCUGAUGAUCCAGGGAAGAGAAGAAACUUUUGAUCGCCUGAACUAGGGCUUAGUGGAAGGAGAUAGAACCUGUCGAGCUGGUAUUGCUGGGCAAGGUGGGAGAUAGAUCCAUUUUUGUAGUUUAGGUGAUAAACUGAGGGGUCUUCUGCCACAAUGAUACCUGUCUUUCACAUCUGAACUAUGCACGAUUUGAUCUGUGUUGCUGUUUGUUCCUCCAGUAAGUUUAUUGUAUGUCAUUGAGGCAGCUGUAGCUGCCUAAAUUGUAUUUUCCUGCAGAACAUAUUCAACAAGAAAAAUGUUCAGAAAAUAAAAAGAAUGGAAUGCUGUUCACAAAGAA